CAUGUUUGUCAGUGGAAUCCAAAAUGUCGGAAGUUUUGGAAGCUCAACUAGAAACAAUCGCCCGUGAAAGCGCAUUCCUAAAAAAGUAUUUCUCUUUACGAAAGAAAUGUGAACAAAUCCAACAGGCAAAUGAAAAGCUUGUCAACAGAAUACAACAUGUUAAGAAACUCAUCAAGAGAACAAAGAGAGAAAGAAGAUACCUUGCAAGUCGACUUGAUGAGCAUGGUGAUAAUUUCCGUGAAGUUCAAGUGCCGGUGAUGUGGGAGGAGGAUAAGGUAUUGUACAAUAUUCUACGCCCACCACCACCCUAUCCUAGCUCAGGUUCCGAGGCUGAACCAAAUGCAGUUAAAGGAAAAGCACUGUCAUCAAUUCAACCACUGCUGCAGGCACAUGGCAUGAAUGAUGCCACCGCCCAAAGCUCUUCUGCUGGGAAGAGCAAGAAAAUUAAAAGUGAAAAAGACAAAGAUCCAUUAGCACCGAAGAAACCAGCCAAUGCGUUCCUACUGUUCAAACAGCAACAGAAACCAGUAGUUCAGGAGGAGUAUUUUCAGGAGUAUAAAGAAGAUAUUGCUCCCCAUGAGUUGAUGAAACGCCUGGCAAUGAAGUGGAACACACUUCCAUCAGAUAAGAAAAAGGUGUACCACAGCAUGUAUGAGUGUGAUAAGGAGCGGUACGACCGAGAAAUGCUGGAGUACUCCCAGGAGAAACAGCGCACCAUGGACACUGAGACCAGUGAGGCUGGCACUGCUGUCGACAUGGCAGCAAGGCUGAGCAUACCCAUGAAACAGGAAGUGGAUUCUUGAAACGAAAUUCAUAAAUAGAAACAAAACAUGGGGGAAAAGCUCUGUAGCAAUGACAAGAAAGUUGAUAGUUUGAGUUUGCUGAAUGUAGAAGUAUUUGGUGAAUGUAGAAGUCUUACAGCUAGCUCUAUAAUUUCUGUGGAUUCGGUUUAAUUUGUUAUGCAGGUUUAAUGGUAAAGAUAUGUGGGUCGACACAUUGCCAAGUUAAACCAUUGUUUCCAGAGACAUCAAGUACAGUUGAUUAUUUUAUAGCCAUGAUAUGAUUGUGAGCUUUAGAGGCAUGGUGUAAUCUCAGAUUUACAGAAUGGUUUUUGAGUGGGAAUUUGGGUUUUCUGAACUGACUCUGGCUUUGAGUCUCUCUUGGGAUUAAAGUUUGUAUUAACUCAAAUUUUGAGUCUGUCUUAGGCUAGGAGUCUGGAUUGACUCUGGCUUUGAGUCUGUCUUGGGCUUAUUGACUGAACUAAAUAAAACUGAGUGUCGUGGACUUAGAGACUGGACUGUAAAUGCAUGAAGUAGAGUCUGAAUCUACUCAGGAUUACAAAGAUGCUAAUGUAAGCAAACAGUCCGUGUUAUCUAACACAAUUAAUCUAGUGGACAUUGGGUUAUUUUCUGAAAUGUAGACAACCUGUGUUAGACUUCUUUAUAUUUGUGUAUUGGAAACACUAGAUUAAGAACUAGACCAUGUGACUUUUAUUUAAAGGUGAUUUGUUUUUCAAUUUGACAACAAAAUGUAUUUAUGCAGUGGAAUGAAUGUGUAGCUUUAGUUUUGGGACAUCGUUUGAAGACCCAUAACAACAAUGGUAACUGGACGUUUAAACAUUCUUAUUUGUAGUUGUAAUGUCAGAUAGAUAAAACAGAUUACUCCCGUUUUUGUAGCCAUUGUAACAGUUUUUGUCUCACCUUUAUGAAGUAAAAAGGCAAGAUAUACAGGUAUUUUCUGGCAGCCAUGUCAACUUUUACAUUUAGCUCAAAGUGUCAUAUUGAGCUCCAUUUCUCACAAACUUAGUUUAUUUAUCUAUGAAUGUUCAUCUUAAUGCAUAUUUAAAAAAAAAAAAAAUGAAAUUUAUUAAAUUAAAAUUUUAAUUUUGUUUUAAGUUUAGUUUAUUAUUAUUUAUUUGUUAUUUUUAACAUGCAUUGAGAUGAAACUAUCAGUGAUACCAAAUAAGUUUUAUGGUUGGUGGGAGAUUUCAUUCUACAGAAUUCUUGUUACCAAUUAAAAGUACGUUAUAUUUUCUUGCCUUGAAUAUCAAUAUUGGCAUAUGUCCAGUGAUUUUAUAUGAUCCUUAAGUUAUUAAUAACUGAAAUUGGAUUUUACCACAAAGUAAUUUUGUACUUCUUAAGAAACAAUAUAUUAGGAGGUAAUAUUUGGAGGAUGUACUAAAAAAUCAUUAGAAUGGCUGAAAACACUUGAUAUAAAGAAAAAAGAAAAUAUUGUUUUGCUCAUUAGAAAAGUUUGUACUAUUCAGGGAACAUUUUGUUCAGUAUUGUGUCGCGAUUGUCUAUGCAAGUUUCAGAGAUCACUACACAAUUUUAAAACAUUAAGCAGUAGUUGUUAAUAAAUUUUCAAUUGACUAGAAAUAUAGCUAAUCAAGAUUUUGAAAACAAAAUGUUCCCUAAUGUUAAAAUUAGGAAUAAUCUCUUUAAAUAAGCUAAAACAUUAGAAACGGUGGAGAGUGACAGCAAUACUAACCCUUAACUAACAGGCUGUAUAUAUGGCUGUGCAAUGCCUGACAUUAUUACCUGUGUGGUAUAAACUGUCGAGAUUUAUAUCAAAGUGAUAUGUCCUUAGUGAAAUACAACAUCUACUUGCUGUCUACAGUUAGUCUGAAAUGGAAAUACUUUAAAAUUGUUGGUAUUUCUUCUUUGUGCAGUGCAUAUCAGUUAUACAGUAUAUAUUUGCAGAUAAUGUGUAUGGUGUCAAAAUAUUGAGGGUGUGUGGGAUUAAUUGCUCCCAUAACUUAGCCAGUUGAGAUAUUGACACAAUAUAAAUUCACAUGCUAAGGGGAGAUAAUAAAUACCUUGAAUUAGUUUUAUGUGAGUGAUGGGGAGUGAGUGAUAGCUCGCCUUAAUUAGCUAGGUCUGAUUCACUUGGGAUAUAUUUAAUGCAUUGUAUUGGGCAUUAGUAGGUGGUUAAUAUUAGUAACUACUUACUAACAGGACUAGGGCAAGUGAUAACCAUUAUACGUGGUUAUAGGGCUUUAUAUCACUUAUAUAGAUCUGUAUCGUGCAAAAGAUACAAAAAUUUAAUGUUCAUAAUUUUGAGAAAAAUAUCCAUUUUUGUAUUAAGUACAACCUACCAGCUGACUGCUUCUUAUCAGGGAGGUGCUUGUUGUUGUUUUAGAAUGUUUAUGUAGUUCCUGAAAUGUUAGUUGGCAGUGUUGGUCAAAAGUGUCCCAUAGACUGACUGAAUGUGUGAGUUUGUUGUGGCUUUGAUUUAUUUAUAACAGUUAAAACCUUUAUCUCAUCCUCUGUAAUGCUGAGAGUCCGGGGUAUUUUUACGGUGGUGAAAUUGUUCUAUAGCAUUAUUAUACCCCAAAACGACACCUGGAAAUUAAUUAAGCACCACCUGAACUGUAUUGCAGCCAAAAAGGCACCUAGAUGUAGUUGUCCGUACUGACGAGGUUUAAACCUGAUGUUGAGAAUGUUUACAUCUACAGGGUAUUUACCGAGAUGACAUGAAUAAAUUACUGUCUUACUUGCUGACAAUCUUUUUCAACAUCUCUGUAUACAGAGAACAUUAAUUUCAGUGUUUACUAUCAGAAUUACUUGUGAAGUAUAAAUCACAUGGUCAAAACUAGGUGGUUCUUAAUUAAUUUUCAGGUGUAUACCUAUAUAUUAUGUGGAGAAAUUGUUCUCUAGCAUUAUUUUCAUCAAAAUCUAUUAUGAUUAUCUCGAGCUAUACUACCAGUGUUUCAAGCAUUUUUGUUUGGUCCUUUCAACACUUGACACAAUGAAGUUUGACUACAUAUGUUAAUGUAUUUAAUGACCCACAUUAUUUUUCCUGUUUAUGCGAGAAAGAACAGAAAAUAUGAUGUGCUAAUUGCAUAACCCUGUGUGGAGAGCAUGAUAUUUCUUCUAGUAAUAAUUACAGGAAUUGAAAGACACACUCAUGUCAGUUCAUAUCAUUACAUUUAGGUGCAUAAAUUAAUAAAUAUACAUGUUUGAAUAUUCCCUUUCAGCCUGAAAUAUAUUUGUUGUAUUAUGUGUACACAUCACUGAGAUGUGUCACAUACAAAGGCUCAUUAAUAUUUAAUGUAAUUGAAUCAAUAAAUUUAUUAAGGACAUAAAUCCAGUACCAAAUUUUACAGGUGUUUUAUCACAAGUAUAACAAUAAUCUGUACAAGUUAAACUGGGCCAUUUUUACAGAACUUGAAAAUUGGUGUCAAGUAAAUAUAAUAUACAUCAGUGUCUAUUGUAACACAUCCAUUGAUCAGAAUUUUUGUGUGAAUUUAGGGUCAUUCUUUCUGCUGUUCUUAAUGACAUUUUCCCAGAAUGAGCAUAUUUAAGUAGCUUCAGUCUACUUAUCUCUAAGGAUGAGUGGUUUAAUAAGCAAUUGUCAAAUCCUUGUGUUCUUUAUACAUGUUAAUGUGUGUACAUGUGUGUGUAAAUUUUAUUAUUUAUAUUUAUGUAUAAAUUUUAAACUGCAUUUUUGAGCCUACUCAUAUGUUUUGCUAAUAAACUGUUUAUACCAAC